AUGCAGGAUGAGUGGGAGGUUGUUGCCCGCGAGGAAAGGAUUCUUUUGGAACGAAGGGAAACCGAAAUCAACAAACAGCCUGGUCAACAACAGCAGAUGAGAUAUUCCACAUCGAACUUGUUUGAGGAGGUACCAGAAUUCUUCAGACCAAUGGCUGUAAGUGGCCAUAUGAUCGAAACCGUACCUACCAGCCCCGGAGAAGAAGAAACGAAUGUCAACGAGCCUCUCCUACAAGAUGCCAGCCACCAGGAACGCCCGCAAAACUCAGGCGAAGGUGUAGCUUCCCAUAAUAAGCCUCGACAACCGGGCUACGGUCCCCGCAAACUGGCAGUGAGGAAAUCAUCGCCUAUAGGUUCUGCCUUGAAUCCAAUCACCAGGAGGAGCAGCUCGGCAGAUCUCAGGGGAUGGUCGAGCGAUUCAAAGCUCCCUCAAAGAAGUGCCACAAACCCAGCCCGUCCGAAUGCUCUAGUUUCACCAGUUACAUACCCAUCGCCUAAUUUCUUGAGCUACAGGUCGAAAGGAAAGGGAACCGACGGAAUACUGGAGAUGCCAGCGGGGGCUGGCACAAUAAAAGAAGAAGCAAAGAGUGAGGACUUCAGCCCAUCUAUCCGUUCGGAUGUUGGGGUAAAGUCUUUCGCCUUGGGAUCAAUAUACUCGAGCUCUUCCCUUCGUCAAGAACGCAGUGAUACCAGGGCCGACGAGUCUGUCAUCGUUUAUUAUGGGCACGAGGAUAGGCCGCAACAUCAUCGGCUUUCAGAUUUCCCCCGGUCUCGCCCAUUGACGCCGGAGCUCAAUGGCACCCAGAUGGUUAGAUUGGACGGUGUUGCAGGAGGACUUGACAGUGUCGACGAAGAUGACGGAGAUGCGGAGGAGUGCAACUGUGGGUUGAAUACUGGAGAGGCAGACGUUGGGGAAUGUGGUGAUCAGAUGCAUGACGAGGAAUUAUUUGCUCCAUUAUCGACACCAACAACGAUACUCCGGCGCUUUUCUAUUACCCCCUUAGAGAUGCUGCAUGAUAGCUGCAAUGCGCAGGUGUCAAAUUAUACUUCAGAAGUAACACAUCAAGAUGAUGGCGUGAAGGCCCCCAGGUCCCUCGGACGAGCUGAGUCUUUGAUAAGAUACCUCAUUGACAUUGAUAAGUUUUUGAAUAUCCCGACAGAAUGGGCCAAAGAUUCAUCCAAUACUCCGAGGGGACAGUCCACCGACCCAUCGAAUGACUCGUUCAAGAGUAUCAUAGAGGUCCCGAGAGGUUCGGAUAUAGUGGAAGAAGAUAUAGUCGAUGACCGUUUGCCAAAGGGUUGCACUGAUCUGUUCGACAACGUGAACAAUGAUGUCGUGGGAGGUACCCUUGAAGGUGCCAACAGUCCUGCUGUUAAGGAUAUCAUGGCUCCCGAGACUGCAUACAGGUUGCAACGCGGCGAAUCUUCUGCCACCGAGUUUACUGGCUCCACCUCGAAAACCCUCGAUAGCGUAACUGAUGAUUGGAUCGAAGUGAGCUCCCCAGAGACCUUUCCAACCAGCCUUGGAUCGGCCGACUUAAGGGCCGCUGGACAACCUACGCCUGAUAAGGAUUUGCUGUCAUCAGACUGUGAUUUCAUCUCUGCGGAGCAACACAUGUCGGAUGUAUACCAUGUCGCACAUGAGACCAUGGAUGAGGGUCAUGUGGUAGUAUCGUUGGCACCUGAAAUUGAAAUGGACGCUGGGAAUUCCUGUAGUAUACCGGACGCCGCAACCUCCGAAACCAAGACACAAUCCGACGAGCAAACAGCCGCCGAAAGUACGACGCAGUCCGAAGAGCCCAAGGCCCCCGAAACUGCGACACAUUCCGACGAGCCGGCGACGGCCACCAGCCGCUCGAAUGCCGAAGGGGAAGGCCAAACCUCCAAGGCUUCUACUUCGCAGCCGACUGACAAAGUUGAAAAUCCAAUGGGGAUGAGAAAAAGGUCAAAGAAAUCUCGGAAUAGAAGGAACAGAAAAAUACGUGCCGCGGCAGAAACAGCAAAGGCCAAGUCGUAGGCUGCGUGUAUAAUUGCACCCGAGAAAGGGGCAUCGAUGAGGAGAAAACUUUGGCAAACUAAAUGGGGGUUUCAUUCUUUAUAAAUCCACACUGAUUGCAAGACAA